AAUAAAAAAAAUAAAAAUAAAAGUCUGGUGGGAUAAAUGUUAAACUGGUUUGCCGCAUGCUGCGGCUAUUGAGAAAAGCCUUCUAGAUAGUCCACUCGCGAAGCGCUUAGACGAUGCCCCCAACAGCGGGUGGACUUCUGCUGCACUCUCACUGUUUACUUCACACACAAAGGGUGCAGCCUGCAAAAGGCGGAGUGAUCUGGAACUCUUAAGUGCCAUGAAGAGACAGGCAGAUUCCCCGCCAGUCUAGCAGCACAUCUAUCCCUCUACACGCCUGAAGAUGAAGAUGAUCUCAUGCUUGCGCCCAUGUACCUCCCUGUCUCGUUUAAAAACAAUGUCUUCAAGGAAAUUCGCUGCAUGAUCCAACGGUCACGCCGUGUUUCCCGAUUACUUCGCUUUUCGACCAUUUCAUGAAUUAAACUGCAAUCCAAAAUGAAAUUUCCAACGGAAAACCCAAGAAAACCAGGGAACUGGAACCCUCCACCAGUGCCAGUGCAGACCAACCUGGUGCCGCCCAAGAAGGUCCAGCCAGGGAUGUUGCAGUCCAGCUUGGUGCAGACCAGUGUGGCCACCAUGCAGAACCCCAUGGGCUGCCCUUUACCUCGCCUUUCUGUCUCCCGGCCCGCUAGCAUGGUGGCCAGCUUGGAAGCGGUGGCAGACGGCUCAGCCCUCCUCACGGUCAUGAAGUGGAAGACUGUCCUAGCCGUGUUUGUGGUGGUGGUAGCGUACCUGGUCGCCGGCGGUCUGGUGUUCAAAGCCCUGGAGCAACCCUUCGAGAGCAACCAAAAAGACACCAUCACUUCAAAGAAAGCUGCCUUCCUGGAGAAACAUCAUUGCGUGACCCCUAAUGAGCUGGAAGAGCUCAUCAAGCACUCUGUAGAUGCAGUGACCGCUGGUGUCAGUCCUAUUGGAGACACGUCAUACAACUCCAGUCACUGGGACUUAGGGAGCUCCUUUUUCUUCGCUGGAACUGUGAUAACAACAAUAGGUUAUGGCAACAUUGUUCCAAGAACAGAGGGUGGGAAGAUUUUCUGCAUCCUUUACGCAAUAUUUGGCAUCCCACUCUUUGGCUUUCUUCUGGCUGGUGUUGGUGAUCAACUAGGGACUAUUUUUGUGAAGAGCAUUGCUAAAGUGGAGAAAAUGUUCAGGCGCAAACACAAUCAAAUAAGCCAGACCAAGAUUCGAGUGGCCUCUACAUUGCUCUUCAUCUUGGCUGGCUGCAUCCUCUUCGUCACCAUACCAGCCUUCAUCUUCAAGCAUAUUGAAGGAUGGACCGGGCUGGAGGCGAUCUAUUUCGUGGUUAUCACACUGACGACUGUUGGGAUUGGAGAUUAUGUUGCAGGAGGCAAUAGAAGAAUAGAGUACCGUGAAUGGUACAAACCGCUGGUGUGGUUCUGGAUCCUGGUUGGAAUGGCUUACUUUGCUGCAGUUCUAAGCAUGAUUGGAGACUGGCUCAGGGUGCUUUCUAAAAAGACAAAAAUGGAGGUGGGUGAAAUUAAGGCUCACGCCGCUGAAUGGAAGGCCAAUGUUCGAGCUGAGUUCCGUGAGACCAGGCGUCGACUCAGUGUGGAAGUUCACGACAAACUGCAGAGGGCCGCCACCAUUCGCAGCAUGGAGCGCAGGCAGCUGGGUUUCGACCAGCGGGCCAAUUCCCUAGAUAUGCUGUCCCCUGAACGUCGAGCUGCCUUCAAUAGCCUGGACAAAACUAAUUUCAAGACAUCCUCCCAGGAGAGCAUAGACACAAAGCUCAACAACUUACGUCUACGAAUUGAGCAGAAUGAGCAUCGACGGAGCGACCCAAGCCAGGCGUACUCUGAAGAGAACAUUUUCAACCGCCUUGGUUCAGUCACAAAACUAGCCAAGAGGAACAAGAACAAAGAGUUGAGAAAGAACAUCCCAGAUGAUGGUCGGAAAGUCUUAGAUUCCUUCACCUGUAAUACUCCCACGAUGGAUGAGGAGAAGAAAGAGGCAGAGGACGAUGAGCUUGAGAAAGAGGUCAACACCAGUCUGACCAGCUUACCUCUCUUUGUGGAGAGCCCCAAUAAACAAAACGGAUUCAUGCCUCUACCGCCACAGACCAAAGAGGAAGAAAACGAGAUAAAACUUGAAGACGAGGAGUUCCAUUUGCAGAUAGAGCCCUAGAGGGAACCUUGUAGAAAAAUAAUAUAUGCCUAAAGUGCCUUGGCUAGCCCUUACUCUGAGCUGAGAUGUGAAAAUCUCAAUUUCUGCUGUUCAUUUAUCUGUUCACUGUGUCCUGAUAACUUGAUAAUGGAAAUAUGGCAACAUUAGCACUGGAAAACAGCUGGUUCUCUUAUUCGGACCACUGAAAAAUGCUUGUAUAAGUUGGAAAGAAUCUCUCCAAACGUCCUGGACAACAAACUAGAAAUCUGUAGCAAGCCACAUUGGCGGUUUGUUUGAAGUGUGACUGAAAGUGCUCUACUUUCAAUUGUUCUUUUUUUUUUUUUUUUUUUUUUUUUUCAGCCAGACUGUACAAGGUCAUUUGUUAAGAAGCAUAACUGCUCAAAAAAUGUUUGUCAAGAUUUUCCACCCAUUCAAAAUGGAGAAACUUACCUAGAGACAUGAAUCCCCCAUGAUCAAAGAUGAUAAAACUCUUUGAAUAUGAAGAAACCAUGUUAAAUUGGUGACAGGUUGUAAAUGCACAAAUUUAUGAAGUUAACCUAUAAAUCUCAGGGCUUGUAGUCCUACUGCAAUUGUUCAGUUGCAUGGUAUGUCUGACAUAAAAUUUGCUGUGCUCUCAUGAAAUAUCUAAACCUGUUUCUAUACAGUACCGUUUUCAUAGGUUGAAAUUUUAGAACAAUGUUACAGAAGAGAAGCCAUAAGGUAGAAAGUCAUGGUUGACGUCAUGUAAGGCAGAAUGUCUAGUAGAGUUUAAUCACAAACUACUGAAUCUAUCUAUUUGUUUAAUUUAAAGGGAUAGCUCACCCAAAAAUUUUGCUCCAAAUCUGCAUGACUUGUGUUCUGACACUGUGUUCUGCAGAACACAAGUGUUUCAAUUGUUUUUGCCUAUACAAUUAAAGUCAGUGAAAUCCAAAACAACACGUUGACAUGUUGACAUGUUGACUGCAUUUUCCAUUUUUGGGCAUCUUGUCCCUUCCAGUCAUUAGCUGCGUUUCCAUUAGAGAUCUGCCCCAAAAUUUUAAAAAUGUUGAUAAAAAACUAUUGUGAAAUGGUGACUGUGUUUCCAAUAACCGAUGUUUCCCUUUCUCACUUGGGAGGCCAGUCAUCUCUGAGUUUAAGAGAAAAUGCCAAUGAAAAUUGGCUAGUGGAUUUUGCAUGCUGAGCCACUCCCGUGCCUAUGGGUAUAUAAGGUGAUAGUGCGCAUCCACUCAUUAGAUUUUUGCUUCGGAGCCGAGUAGUUGAUGUUAUAUAUUCACUACAAAGCCAUUUAUCUUUGUGUUCAGAGAACUGUUCCUGGUUGGUGUCAUGGUGCGUUACAGCCAUAUCCCUAUCGUCGGCGAUUCCCCUGGGCGCUUCAGCUGAAAGAGCAGUUUCCUCGAAAAGCGUAAAUCAUGGACAAUUUGCAUCUUUUUCAAGAUGCUGUUUCGUCCGUGUCCUUCUGGAUGCAGUCGUUUCCUGUCCUCUGUCAACAGCCAUGAUUGCUGUCUUCAGUGUCUGGGCCUCCAACAUGAGUCAUGCAUCUGUUGUGGGCAUAUGACCAUGACAGCACUGCGAUCGCGUCUCUCGCUCCUCAAGGGGGUGCAAGUGCUCGGCUAGUGGUCUGGGAGAUCUGAGGGUGACUGUGAGAGCUUCUCCGCCGGGCCAUGCCCCACAGACCCCUCACUCCUCCCGCAGCGCAUGUCCUGUGCGUCUGCCAUAUGAUUCUGCUGGGUGAUUUCACAGCGGUCCCAGGAUAUCAUUCGGUGGGUGGGCAUAUGAUCAGAUGUCGAUUGUAGCAUGGACAGGACCUCGACUGCUUUGGCACAUCAACUACAUGGAGUUGCUAGCAGUGCAUCUAGCCUUGCGGCAGUUUCAGCUGCUGCUGCUGUACAAGCAAGUGUUGGUCCACUCGGACAACACUGCGGAUGUUUUGUACAUCAUUCUGUCAGGGUGGUCUACGAUCAUGUUGCAUGUCUCAACUCAGUGCAUGGUCACCAUAUGGCACCCACGUCCAGAUCUCUGGAACCUCCAUGUGUUGGGAAGGCUGUCUCCAAGCAGAAGUAUGGCCUACUGGAUAGUGGAUGCUAUCACCUUGGUGUACCAAUUCCAAGGCGAGCCAUGCCCCUUGGGGGUGGGAGCCCACUCCACUUGGGUUGUUGCCUCCUCCUGGGCAUUGGUGCACAGCACCUCUCUGGCAGAUACCUUUUGAGCUGCGGGCUGGGCAACACCUAUGUUUUACAGCCUUCGUGUAGAGCUGGUUUCUUCCCGUGUAUUGGGUAACAGGUAAUUGACGGGAAGAUCUGGCUCGGUGUCAUGCUUGAUGAGCCAUUCCCCCUCACACAGGAAGCGAGCGCCUUUCUUCUCCCAGUAGAGUUCCCCAGUGGGCGAACCCUGGUCGAGCAUCCCUACUCUAAGGUUGGACCUGCCUCAGUGACCCAUUCCAUAUGUAGUACUGCCCCCUGGGUCAGUCCAUAUCAGUAUCUCCACGUCACCUCCCUACGGGUAGGAUGUCAUCUCCGUAACAAUCUUUUUCCUUAAGGCUUGCUUCCCCAUCGUUCUGCCAGGCUGAAAGAACAAACAGGAAAGAUUUGAAGCAAUCUUUCAGUGAAGGUUGAAAUCGAUGUACUCAUGGUACCAAGGUCAGUGAAUUUGCGCUGGGGCUUUGGGAAGGUUACGACCUUAGUGUAGCUUUUGUGACACUCUGCAGCGCCACAGGGUUGUGACAGUGUUCAGGUUGUGGCAUUUUCCAUGGAUCUCAUAUGUAAUUUGACAUAACUCGUAGUGACCGACAGAUAGGGAACGUCUCGGUUACAUAUGUAACCCUCAUUCCCUGAUGGAGGGAAUGGAGAUGUUAUGUCCCCAUGCCACAACCUUGAACCCUGAACCAGGGACACGUUCUCGGCUCCUCAGCGUAAAACCUAAUUAGUGGAUGCGCGCUGUUGCCCUAUAUACCCGUAGUCACGGGGAGUGGCUCAGCAUGUGUCCAUAUGUCGUUUGACAUAACAUCUCUGUUCCCUCCAUCAGGGAAUGAGGGUUACAUAAAUAACCAAGAUGUUAUGCAACUAAAACGUAUUUUUUUCCUCUCGCGAUAAGUCAUGCCAACAGAUGUUGCUAGGUUUACGUAUAUUGAAGCCACAGCGCUAGCCAUUAUUUUUGAUCGAAGGAAACAAAUGUGAAAAAAAAACUGUUUCCAAUGCAUUUUUGCAAAAUACUCCUUUUUUUUUAAUAGCCUUAUGCCCAGACAGCAAGCAGUUUCGGCCCAGAUCCGGUCCACAUCUGGCAGUAUGAAAUACGUGUGGGCCAGAUGUGGGCCGGAUCUGGGCCGAAACUGCUUGCUGUCUGUGUGUGAACAUAAUUUUUAUUUAUUUUUUGAGAUAUAUGGGAGUUUUUGCGAAACUGACAUGUUUCCAUUGGGCGGAUUUUCAAUUUUCACAAUUUGAAGGUAAUAGAAACGCAGCUAUUGUCUUGAUGAUUAAAUGUGCAGUAAGUGAUUUCUGAGAAACGCUUUUGAAAGUGGAUCAGAGCGAGCACCACACUUGUAACCAAUCACUAGUAAGGGGCAUGUCCACUCAUGAUGGGGAUUGUCCCUGAUAUAUAGCAUGAUUGUGAAUUUGGGGGCGGAGCUAUAAAGUUAGGAUGUGAUCCUUUUGGGUAGGGGUGUGUUUGUUUUUGUCAUUUCAAAUAUCAACAGCAUUUCUCAGAAAUCACUUAUUGCACAUUUAAUUACCACUCGGAAUACACAACAUUACCACAAUAUUACAUUGAUUUGUGAAUUAUUAGGGUAGCAUUUUAAAUUAGUUUGAAACUUAUUUGAAGUCUACUAGACAUUGUACAGGUGAAUGAAAGAUGUAUAUGGCAUAAUACCAUUUUAGUUUUAUGAAAGUUUAGGGCACAGUUCCAUUUAGGAUUGACAGGAAAAUGUUACAAAGGGUUUUUUUCAUUUGUUUGUUUGUUUGUUUGUUUUUUUUUUUUCUUUGCCAGGAAACCUUUGUUUGAAAAUAUCAACUGUACAUGAGCAGAUCUCACAAUGUUUUUAAAUUUUGCACUUUUUACAAGUUUCUGUCUUUGGUUUACAAUUAUUGUGUCAUCUUUUCCAGAAUGUUUCUGGACUAGACUUUUUUGAAACACCACUAAAUAAUGUUGUGCUAAUCGCCUGGGAGUGUCUGACAUAUUUGUUUGUAUGUUUGUGUUGAAACCAAAUACCACUUUGUCUGAUGUGAUCCUUGUCUUGCUGACUGUAUUAAUGAAAACUCCCUAAGGCAGACACACGUAUCAGUACCUCAUUCCCACCAACUCGUAAAUGCGCACAUACACACAUCUACAGCUGCAGCAAAAUGCUUGUGGUUGAGCUAAUGUUAAUUACUGUUUUCAUGUUUGCAAUAGUCUAGAGUGAAUGCAGUAACAGACUGAAUAUCUGUAAUAAUAAUAAUUAAAAAAACUAUGAAAAUUUAACACAUUUUAAAGCAUUCAAAACAAUUUAGAGACAUGGGUCCCUAAAGCAUGCUAUUGUGCUAAUAUGUUAUCAUGCUAUGGUAUUGAUCGUACCACAAACAUGCUUCUUGAGACUUUGAUAUUUGACAUAAGCAGGUUGCACAUGCUAGUAAAUUGCUGUCCGCAGUAUCUGCAGUAUCUUGUGCAACCAUUACAUUCAAUGUAGUGAGUGCCUUUUGGAAAUAAACUCAGUUGAACAAAAAUAAAAAAAA